UGAUAAGGGUAAUGACGGGUUACUAUAGUGAGCUCUUCGUAGGAAUUCGAUCAGUCUUGUCUCUUGUCGCGUCCACAGCAAGAAGAGGUUAGCUUCUCUCGUCUCGUCUUGUCGCUUCGAAACAGAAAUGGGGAUCCUUUCCCUCGAAGAACAGGUGACUUUUCUAGAAGGAAAACGACAUUCUGAGGUUUACAUUUAAUCAUUAAUUUACCGCUUCAGUGGAAACCUUCUUCUGCUUCUUGACGAAUCCGCGGUAAAAAAAAAAAAGUGAACUUAAUUACCGGAAUUCAUAACCUGAAAUCAUGCGUCGAUAAAAGAUACAACUUCAUCAUCUGAAGAGGAAUGAUUCUGAUGUCCGAUAUGGAAGAAGUGAUGGAAUGAUCCAACGACAGGCGAGAAACUUAGGUAACAUGGAGCGAAUACCGACCGUCUACAGGGAUAAAUCCGCUCGUCUGCUUCUCACUCAUGGGUAUUCGCUAUUUUUCUUCCGAUGUGCUAUCCUAUCCACUGACGGCCAUGGCUCAUCAGCCACGGAAUUGACAGCGACGCCAGAGAAAGAUGCAUCCCAACUCUCUAGUAGCUUAGCACUCUGGUCAAUGUGAUUCGCAGCGAUAGGAUGCAGCGCAGUGCCUCAGUGAAUGGUCUCAGAAUGAAAAGGGGUGCUUAUGAAGAUGACCUGAGUGCACCUUGCGAAAGAAGACGUACUUGGAAUUCACCUUCAAGGCGGAACACCUCUCCUGAUGAUAAAAGGGGAAAUCACUCCAGCAAGCAAGCAACUCGAAAUUUAAUGGAUCACAAAACGGACUUCCUUAUCAAAGCUGAAGGAUGCUGGGUCAACCAACAACCAAAAAAACGCUGCUGGUGACCUCGUCACCCAACCUAGCUCCGAUCCGAACGGGAACCGCCACGGAGAUAAUCGAUCCAACUUCUACCCAGAAGAUCUCGACCGGGAAGCAGGCAUUAAUGAAAUUAAUGACGCCACAAAACAAACGCGGUCCAGCCCUACGAACAAACUUAACUACUACUCGAUUACGCGAUCGAAUGAAACUCGAUCCGAGAAGCGAGGUGUCGCCGACUCCAAUCAACGAGUUAUUAGAGAGAACAGAUCAAGAUCCGUCAGAUCGCCAGAUGAAGAGGGAUCGGGAGCGCCUGCGAUUCUACCUGACAACUGUCAGAUACCUUGGUCAUGUUUGGAGAGGGCAUCCAGGAACAUGAGCCUCGACGCUGAUGCCGAUGGGAUGAGCAGGGCGCCAUGUAGGUGUGAUGCUGACUGUAUCAUCUACGGAGACUGCUGCGCUGACAGCCACACAUCCGUCAGCUCGCAAUCAGCGAACGACGACGGAUGGGAAAAGGAAAGAAAUCUGGCAAACGAAAAGAAGAAAACGCACGAAAUGGAAGGAGGAGUCACGGAAAGACACGAUCAUCAUCCACCAACUUCGUGGACUUGUGGGUAUCUCACUCGAUCCAAGUCGAGACAGGUCUACAUGGUGAACAAAUGUCCCGACCGUGCGCCCAAAGAACUAGCGGAUAAAUGCGAACUAGUCUCAGUCGACAACGACCCUCGGCGAUACCUUAUGGACAUACCCGUUGUUUCUCAGAAUUCUCACGUCGUUUAUAGAAACAACUUCUGCGCUAAAUGCCACAACGAUUUCACAAUCAAGGAGUACAAUGUCACAGUCAGUUGUACUAGAAAUAUAACCUCGCUGGAAGUCCUACGUUUUAUGACCUACCAUCCUGGAGAAUUAAGAUGGUCUGUGAAGGAUUUGGAAAAGGCCUUGUCUGAGGAUUCUCUCACAGCAGACAGCAUCGGAACAACCUGCUCUUUGGAUGUCUCCUAUAAUGAGGUUGUAGGACGUGUAUGUGAAAUUGACUUAAUUGAAAACUGUCAAGACAGCUGGGCUGAUGAGGAUAUCAAAAUGAAGUGUUCAUCUUUUAAUUAUUACGUAGAAGUCGGGAGAAAGGUGUACAAAAACUGGCACUGUGCUUUGUGCAACAAUGAGCCAGAACAUAGGAUUAGGUGCCUUCCACCGUACUUUUUUAUAAUUGUGUCUCGUCCUAUUCCUAGCUUGACAGAUCUCUUCAGUGCAAGCGGCCAUUGUGAAGCGAAUCAGGUCUGGAACAUUAUUUACAGGAAGUGCGAAAAUGUAUCAUGUGGAUCUAGAUUUACGCUGAAAGAAGGUCAGUGUGUGCCAAAAAACGACAGCCGAGAAGACGGCAGCAGCCAGUCUUUCUUGAAUUCUACCUGCUAUACUCGUGAGUUUCUGCUCAACGACAGUCUCGUAUUCCCGAACGGGAGUGUGUACUUGAACCCUACGAAAAAGUCAUACGCUACCGGAGAGUACGAGUUUGUCAACGAUACCUGGAUCAAGAUUUGUCGACCGGCAGAUAUGUGGACCCCUGUCAUGAACAUCAUCUCCACCGUCCUCAUUUCCAUCUCCCUCAUCUGCAUGGUGGCGCACGUGGCCAUCUUCGUCCUCCUGCCAAAAAGGAGAAACAUUCCAAGCAUGAAUCUCUGCUCGAUGACGGUCUCUCUUUUCGUCAGCGAGUUAGUUUUCAUUACUCUCUUUUACUUCAAUGAAAAUUACCCGUCAUGCGUCGUCACAGCCGUUAUCAUUUACUACUUCCUCACCGCAUCGUUCAUGUGGAUGAAUGUCAUGAGCAUAGACAUAUGUAGGACAUUCCAUUCGAAGACGUACAAGACUAAAUCGAAGAAAAUAUUCAUUCAGUACUCAGCCUACGCCUGGUGUGUCCCUAUGGUUGCGACAAUCAUGGCCUUGCUCACAGACCAGUUGGCUGCUUCGGAUUUCAUCUUGAACCCGCGAUUCGGAACUCAGAGGUGUUGGUUCAACAGGAAGUGGGGUCACGUUGCCUUCUUCACCGUUCCAUCAGGAUUCAUCGUCCUGACCAACUUGGGACUGUUUGGAGUGUCCGUUUAUGACAUCUACAAGCAGCACAAGUCUGGGGAAUUUGCCUCGGCCACGGUCCAGAGGAACGGCAAUUCGGUCAACAAAACGAAGGAAGAAAGGGAAAAGGAGAAGUUCCUCAAAACUGCUCCUUAUUCUGGGGCCAACCUUAAACAGUUGGACCUCAACAGCAGUAGUGGCUCUGACUCUCCUCGGUGCGCUGAGCGCUUUCGAGAGAGAAUCCAGAGGAGGAUCCACGCGCACAAGAAACAGCGAGUGAGGUUGGUGCUCUACUGUAAGCUCGCCAUCAUCAUGGGGCUGACGUGGAUAUUCGCCUUCGUCUCCUUUCACACCGAGAGUCUAGUGUUUGAGUACCUCUUCAUCGUCUUCAACGGACUCCAAGGUACAUUCAUAUUCAUUGCUUUUGACUGCAAACAAAAACUCUGGGAUGAGCUCUACACGAGAAUAACAGGGAAGAAAAUUGUCAGGAAAAGCGCAGAAUCCUCGUUUAACACAAGAGAAACGACGGCCACUUCCUCAGCAGACGGACAAUACAAGUACCGAUGGUCAUCCAGCAGGAACCAGGACGGAAGUCGAAAAUCAUCGCCUAUUCCUCAACAGGAACCAGUUGUUGCACCGUAAGUGCACGAUAACAAAUUUCCUAAGGCCUCUCCCGUCAUAUACUGAGAGGUUCAAAACUUUCGCAGACUUAUGCCUAAAUAACUCCUGCUGUAACAAAAAUGAUUAAUGUGUCCUUAACCGCGCGUCGUGUUUGUUUGUUUGGUGUUUUUACGUUGUAUGGAACCAGUGGUUAUUCAGCAACGGGACCAACGGCUUUACGUGACUUCCAAACCACGUCGAGAGUGAACUUCUAUCACCAGAAAUACACAUCUCUAACUCCUCAAUGGAAUGCCCGAGAAUCGAACUCGCGGCCACCGAGGUGGCAGGCCAAGACCAUACCGAUCACGCUAAUGAGGCGCUCCCCGAGUCGUGUUUCGUUAACUAAGUGGAAAAAUGUAAAUAUAUUGAAUGAUCUGACGUGAGGAAGCAUUCGUAUAUAUUUGCCAGAGUGUAGAUAUGAGAAUGUGUGCGCAAAUAUGUACUCUUGUAAUUCAAAACAUACCUGUUUUCACCUAUGUCUUAUCCUCUUUGAAGAGGGUAUGUCUCCACGUGUUAACAUUUAGGCUCUUAAAAAGUCCUCUGAGAUGAGGUUGCUAUGGUAGAUUCACAUCACCCGUGCAUCUAAUGUCUAGGCCCGUCCCUUACGACGCUCCUGAUAAGCCAAUCACAGGGCUGGGAACUGUCAGUCCCUCGAGAGAGUUCACAUAGGCAGGAUGUAAGCUCCAGCAUCUCCUGAGGGAUACGUCUUUCAGGAGAGGUGGAACAUGCAUCCUGCCUGUGUGAACUCUCGAGAGGCUGAGAGUUUCCAGCCAUGUGAUUGGCUUAUUAACAGCCAAUCAGGAGCGUUGUAAGAGACUGGCCUAGAUGUCAAAUGCACGGUUGAUGUGAAUCUACUAAAGACCCACACUCCUCUCCAUUCCAGCGUUUCAUGUUGCACAUCAGCAUAGUUCCAAGUCACUCUAGUAGGCAUGUUGCACCUGUCACCCCACCAUUUACCUUCAAUAUUUACGACCCAAUAAUUCAUUUAUUCAUUCAUUUAUUUCGUCCAGUGCCGCUACUUAUAUAAGAAUUCCAUGUGUACCUGAUUAUGUAUAUUUAUUUUAAUUCAUUAGUGUUAGGUGUUUCCCGACCACAAGGGGUCUAUAAUUAUUAUAUACAGAAUUGCUGGAAUGAAAGUCAGUACCACUCUUGCAACUCCUGCUGUCAACACUGUUAAUUAAAAGGUACCGCUGUCA